GGCCCGAAGCCGCCGGCGUCCGGGCGGGGGCAGGGGCGAGCCGCGGCGCCGCGCCGCGCGCGCCUGCCCCUCGUCAGCGGGCCGAAGGCUUCGCGAGGCCCGCGAUGGACGGCAGCCGGGGCCCCGAUGGGCCCGCCGGCUGGCCCGACGGCGACGGCGGGGGCCUCUCCGCGGACGAGCCGCUGACGGGGGGCGCGGUGCCACCCAGGCGUGCGGGCUGGCGGCGCAGCGCGGCCGGCGCGGCGGUCCCGCUGCUGGUGGUCGGCGCCUGGCUCGCGCCGCCCGCCCCCCGCGCCCGCGCCCCGCGGCGGGCGGACGGCGCCGGCGCGGAGGGCAAGGCGGAGCGCGGGGGCUGCCUGCGGAGCGAGGAGGACGUGGAUUAUUGGACGCAGGCGUCCCUCUACGAAAUCUCGGACACUAAGAGCGAGCAGCUGUGCGCAGAGAGGUGCGCCGCGGACUCUCAGUGCGGUGCUUGGACGUGGGGCAAGAAGCGGGGUGUGACGGGGCUGACGGACGUGUGCUUCUUGAAAAAGCUAGGCGAGACGGAGAAGCCCGACAAGCGCAAGUCGAAGGGCGUCGUCUCCGGACUGCGGCCGGACAGCUCUUGCACUGGGCCGGCCCAGGUGUCCGCGGACGCCGGCUGGGUCAAGAGCAAGCACGGCAUCUGCCUCUCCGCCCCGGAGUCCGGGGUGCUCGGCGACAAGGUGCACAUGUCCUCGUGCGACAUCGGCGACGAGGACCAGCUGUGGACCUUCGACAAGGUCUCGGGCCAGAUCCGCCUCUCGAGGCCGCGCCCGUCUGCCCCCGAGGGCGUGUGCCUCACCGCCAAGGCGGGCGACGUGGAGUACAGCAUGGUGCUGAUCGAGAAGUGCGAGGACAGCAACGGGAACCAGCAGUGGUCCUACUCCGACACCGACUCCCAGAUCGUCCUGUGGUUCGGCCUGUGCCUCAACGCGCCGGAGCCGGCCUCGGACAGCAGCAGCGUGGACAUGCGCGUGUGCGACCGGCGGCAGGCGGGGCAGAGGUGGGCCAUCGGCAAGAAGAUGGGCAGGCUGUAUUACGACGACAGGUCAUACGUGGACAAGGAGCUGGCGGGCAGGUACCAGUCCCUCUUCUGCUUCGCUCUCAUGCUGCCCGGCAGCUACGAGGAGGAGCUGCUCUCCUGGCAGCUGCGCAAGGAAGCCAGCCUCUUCGCCUGCGACGCGGUUGCGAUCUACAGCAACAAGGCCGUCUCGCUCGGCCCAGGCGUGACGACCCGCGUAGUGGACAGCUCGUUGAAGUGCGACAUGGGCGGUGAGUUCCAGACAGCGCUGAACUUGCCGAUCUUCCUCGUAGUGUGGACAAAGGUCAUCGAGGACGGCUACUUCAUGGCCCAUGACUGGAUCCUCUGUGAAGGUGGAUCCGGACACCGUGUUCCUGGCGCCGAGGCUCCGCGGCUUCCUCAAGGCUCACCCCGAGACGGACGACGGCGUGUACCUCAACAACUGCAAGUACGGCUUGCAUGGCCCGCUGGAGGUGUUCUCCAGGAACGCGGUCAAGGCGUGGGCCCUGGGGUCAGAGAAGUGCGUGGACCACUUCACGGAGCUGUGCUCGGGAGACUGCGCCUGGGGGGAGGACAUGUUCAUCGACCAGUGCCUGAGCCGGGUGCUGAAGCUCCAGCGCGACAGCGACUUCCGCCUCCUGGUGGAGGACCACUGCGACCCGCCCGAGGGCUGGACCUCCUGCGAGGACCGCUCGCACGCCGCCUACCACCCCUUCAAGAACGUGUCGGGGUACGGCGACUGCCUCCGGAAUACGGCCCUUACGCGGGGGGGAGCGCGUGGGCGCCACGAGACGAAGGUAUGAGCGGUAACCACCGCCCGCCCUGCCGCCCAGCGGCCAUCUGCUCCCCUCUGCCAGCGCCUCUGCGCCAUCGCCUGGCUGCCAGGCCGGGCCCUGCGUGCCUGCCCUGGCCGCCUCGUGGCAUGCUUUCCUCCACCCCCCUUCCCUGGCGGACAAACCCAGACUCAUCUUUUGCGUUUCGCAAGUUGCGUGGAGGGCCCCCCCCCCCCCCCCCGACGGGUACCAGCCUCGCCUCGUUUACCUACCGCGCCGUGUGUUGGAGCGCCCCCCGUCGAGCGGUAGUUGCCCGCGACGGAGAUCGGUUUGGGUCUGUCGGCGGGAGGGGAGGGGGGCGCCCGCCAGAGCUUGGAGUUUUGUAUGGGACUCGGGCUACGCGUACCCUUGCUCCCCUCCUCUCCCUCGCCCCGCAAGGGGAAGGACGGGCGUAGGGGGAAGGAGGGACAACCGCGAGAUGCACACGUUUGUCCACCCAGUGCCUGCCGCCGCACCAGAAUUACUCGAAUUCGCGCAUGCCGUAGUGGCGGAUGUCCAGCGGGUCGCAAGUCUAAAAUUUGACGAUGAACAAGAUACGGGGGCGACGACCGCGACGAGCUCCGGUGCUGCGGACACGGGAUAGCUCGCAGUGUAAAUAUUUGCAGGGACCUUGCGCUACCUCUCUGUGCUUCCGUGCCAGGUCCUUGCAGGAGGGCCAAGGGUGGCCCGGAGCGAUCAGGAGGGUUAGGAAAGGAUUUGCAUUUGCUCAAUAGUUUGACAUCAUUAUGGAGCGGAUUUGCCCUCGCGUAAUCGCGAUAAUCAGGAAGGGCGCAAUCACAUCUGAUCCUUUCGCUAAGUGUUCUCUUUAGUUAGGAGACUGUCUUUGCAGAUCCAUGCUUCUCGUGACAGUUGCACUGAGCAGCUAGGGAGGAUAACUUUUCCCCGCGCGCGAUCGUGACCUGACACCUGGCGUUAAGGAAAAUAGACGGCCAUAUCAAAUCGAAUAACACCAAGAGAGCUGGGAGGUAUGCGAUGCAGCAUGGCACCACGUCGCGUGCACACUCGACGGCCGCGAGCGAAGAUUCUGGACCGUGCCAGCCCUGUCUCGCACGUAUCUCAUAUGUUACACUCGGCAGCACAACUUGCAGCGCAGAGCAGCCAGGUAUCCCACAACGC